AUGAGUUUCUCACCACCAGCACCCUUCAAUGGAACCACACCAUUUGCCUUUCCUCCAAAUCUGUUGCCCAGUGAUGCGAGUCCUGAUUGGAUGAACAAAGCUGACAAUGCAUGGCAACUUAUCGCAGCUACUCUUGUGGGCAUGCAGAGCGUACCAGGGCUUAUAAUCUUGUAUGGUGGAGCAGUCAAGAAGAAGUGGGCUGUUAACUCUGCCUUUAUGGCUCUCUAUGCUUUCGCAAUGGUUUUAGUUUGUUGGGUUUUAUGGGGUUAUAGGCUCUCUUUCGGUGAUCAACUCAUCCCUAUUUGGGGAAAAGUCAACGCUUCCGUGGAGCAAAAGUACCUUCUUGAGCAGGCAUUUCUUGGAUUGUUCCCAAACGCAACUAUGGUGUUUUUUCAGUUUGUUUUCGCCGCCAUCACAUUGAUUCUGAUAGCCGGAGCAGUUUUAGGAAGGAUGAAUUUCUAUGCGUGGAUGCUGUUUGUUCCACUUUGGCUAACCUUUUCUUACACUGUUGGUGCUUUCACCAUCUGGUCUACUACUGGUUGGUUAUCUACAAUGGGAAUAAUCGACUAUUCAGGUGGUUAUGUCAUCCAUCUUUCUUCAGGAGUUGCUGGUUUCACUGCUGCUUACUGGGUUGGUCCAAGAUUGACAAAGGAUAGGGAAAGAUUUCCUCCGAACAACAUUAUUCUCAUGUUGGCCGGAGCUGGGCUGUUAUGGAUGGGGUGGACUGGUUUCAAUGGUGGUGACCCUUAUGCAGCAAGCGCAGAUGCUUCUUUAGCAGUUUUGAACACCCAUGUCUGUGCUGCCACCAGUCUUUUAACUUGGCUCAUCCUUGAUGUAAUUUUCUUCAAGAAAGCUUCGGUCAUUGGUGCAGUUCAAGGCAUGAUCACUGGUUUAGUUUGCAUAACCCCAGCAGCAGGUGUUGUACAAGGAUACUCCGCAAUAAUAAUGGGAUUGUUAUCGGGUUCAAUCCCAUGGUUCACCAUGAUGGUGGUCCACAAGAAGUCCGAACUCUUACAGAAAGUUGACGACACAAUGGCGGUGCUACACACUCAUGCAAUCGCCGGAACCCUAGGUGGCCUCCUCACCGGGCUAUUUUCUGAGCCACAUCUAUGCGAAUUAUUCUAUGGAUAUACAAACAAAUACAUGGGUUUAUUCCCAGGUUUGCACCGUGGGUCUUCACAAAGCAUUCGUUAUGGAGUUAGACAGAUGGGUGUACAAAUACUUGGAAUUUUAUUCGUGAUUGUGCUUAAUAUUGUGAUGACAAGUUUAGUGUGUUUAUUCGUGCAAUUAAUCGUUCCAUUGAGAAUGUCAGAUGAGGAUAUGGAAAUCGGAGACGAGGCGGCUCAUGGUGAAGAGGCGUAUGCGAUUUGGGGACAAGGUGAAAGGUUGGAGAACUCGAGGUACUCGAACUAUAACGAUAUUGAAGUCCCGAUUAAGGCUGGAGGGGGUUCAGUUGAGUUGACAUGA